ACGGCUAUGGAGGCUAGGGUUUUGAGAGGCGGCGCAUGGCACAGGUGGAGGAGAAGACGAAGGCGAGCGCGGCGUGGGAGGAGCUAAGGUCGAGAGAUCCUUCUCUAAAGGCGAGGGCCGAGGCUGUCCUCCAGCGCGCGUAUGGGCGGAAGGAUUCGCCAGCAGUGAAGCCCAGGAAAUCGUCUUCGUCUCCACCAGGAUGGAUGAUCAGCCUUGGAAUGGUGCCCAAAAAGAAGGAUGCGGCCGAAAUUUCUUCCACCGAUCCGCCUAAAAUCGACAAUGUUUCAGAUGCCGAUCGAGAGGAUACUCGCAGGAUAGCGGCCGCUGCUCUCGCGGCUACCAGAUCUGGAGCGCCAGGGCAAAAGGUUGUUGCUGCUGCUGCUGCUGCUACUGCUGCGCCUCCCGAGAGCGAUGCAAAGUCUAGCGACGCUGGAGAGAAGCGUAAACUAUCAUCCGGACUGGACAGUCUGCUAGAACAAAUCCAGAAGAAGCCGAAAGCGAACAUCCUGGACAGAUCGAAGAAGGAUUGGGGCGAGUUUAAAGACGAGAAGGGUCUCACGGAAGAACUCGAGGCAUACAAGAAGAGCGGUGACAAGUACUUGGACAAAGUAGCGUUUUUGCAGCGAGCGGACGAUAGGGAGUACGAGAAAGAGCGUGACGCGCGUUUAGAGUACCAAGCAAAGCGUAGACUAGGAGCAAGCUAUCAAGACGAUUAAAAUCUCUUUAAUCAUGUUUAUAAGUUCUCGAAUUAAACAAAGUUUUACCAAAAUGGUUAAAAGCAAAA